AUGGCCUUCCCAAAGACGCCCCGAAAAAUCAUUUUCCUGAUGGGAGCUCCCACUCCACAAAGUCUGAACUGGGAAGAAGACCACCUCCUGGACGGACCGAUUUUUCCCUUUGAUGGAGCAGAUACUACGGACAGCCAUUCGCUUGCUACAGACACUUAUCCGGUGAAAUGGAGACUUCUAUCCCACCCCGAACCACACCGUCGCAGCAUAGUCAAUGCGGGAGCUGCCCAGUUCCUCACGACGCGGGAUCUAGCCCACCAGGAUGAUGUAUCUGGAGUCCAGGCCGCCACGUCGGCUGAUUCCGCGCUCGCUCAGUUCUACAACCACUCAUUCGCCGUUCAUGAAACAUCUGACAUCUCCGCUCCGGGAACUCACUCGGCGGCCGACUCCGUCCGGGAGAGUGGGCUCUGGACGGACAGUGGGGGAGGAAGCUCUGCCGAAACGAUCGAGGAUAGCGAGGUAUCAGAACAUGAAGAGGGGAUUCGCGGACCCAUCACCGACCUCCAAGACAUCCCCAGUGCGGCGUAUCUCGAUUCGAUCGUCCCGCAGACCAUGACGGUGAACCUCAUUGUGGGUGUGGUGACCAUCCGGCCGCCGCGUCGCAUUGUAACGAAGCAGUGGAAGAAGGAGCUGGACCUGGUGGAAGUGGUGGUGGGGGAUGAGACGAGAAGCGGGUUUGGGGUUACGUUCUGGCUCCCGCCGGAAGCCAGGACUGUCACAGGCAAGGACGAUAUCGAGACCAAAGCUGGUCACGAGCUGCGUCACACCUUGGAAACGCUACGACCGCGAGACAUUGUGCUGUUGCGCAUGGUGGGACUGAGCACCUUCCGGGAACGGGUCUACGGGCAAAGCUUGCGCAAGGGGAUCACGACGGUUGAGCUCCUCCACCGACAGCGGGUCGAUGCUACGGACGUUGGCGGGCGAUACAGCGCCAAACGGCUUCGUCUCUGCCAGGGGCUCAGUCCCACGCGAUCCGACCCCAACCCUGAUCACUCGCAUCCCGACGAUGCAGCAGAUGCAGCAGCAGUAACAGGAGCCAAGAAGGAUGAUCUACCGGUGGUGAAGACGAGCAAAGUGCGCGAGUGGAUCCGACGGUUUGUGGAUGCGGCACCGGAAGGGGCAGGCGGUGGAAUGCAGAGCCCCCCAGCGAAACGUGGUCCGAUUUGGCUGCCCCCAGACAGUCAGGACGGAUUAUUAUAA